GAGAGAGCAGCGGUGUCUUAAUCUUGUGCUUUCAUCUGUGCUGCCCUCAUCCGUGCGGCUCUGAAGAUUCUCAAAGGACUUUCGGCCUUCGGUGCGAAGAGGGUUAGCAAUUGUCUCGAGAGGCGUGGCGCACACACCCGAUCAGGGAUAUAUCUUUCGGGCAGUUAACUGCAGGUAAGGAGCCGCCGCAGUAAAAUCAAAAAGCAAAUCAUGGAACGUGGCAGCAGUGAAAACAGUCCCGCGAGCCCCAGCAACGCCGUUAUCCUGAGUAAAAACGUACCCACACCAGAGUUAGGAUGAGGAUUUUGCAACACAAACCUAGGAGUUUUGUGAGUCACGCAUGACAAGUUGAACUCUGCAGUGUAGUGCAGGUUAGCAAGUGCAGCCGCAUCACAAAUCCAGCUACUCAUCCUGUUCACAGCAUCACAAAUUCCAAAACACGAUUGGAAAUGGCUCUCAUGGGGAUGCGCAUUGCAAGCCUUCCUGUCUUUGCAAAUCUGCAUUACAACUCUGGUGUGGGUACGUUUUUACUCAGGAUAGCCGUGCCCCGCAUCUUACUCGUGGAGGAGGACAAAGAGCAGAACACACGAACUAUGUAUCGAGAGGAAACCCCCCCCCCCCCAUAUGAAACGGUAUGUUUCCAAAAAUUUGUCUUGCUGAUUUGAGACCACAAAUCACGUCUGUCUUGCAAGAAGACAACUCUACAGGCUCUGCCGCAUUAUGCAGGCGGUUUGUCAUGCUGUUGGACCUACAGCAUAGACGUUUCUCAUGCUAAUCGCCUAGGCCAAAACCUCUCUACUCAGGCUUGGCAGGGGCCUGCAGUCUUCUCAAGCAAGACAAAUCUGAUUUGUGCACGCAAAUCCAGCAUCACAGACUUCGUUUUGAUGUGGGGUGGGGGGAUUUUUCAUUUUGAUACUAUGCCCUGGAAAAACAAAGUCUAGUUAUCACAGAGCAAUAAAGCCGCGAGACUUUGCAGGGGCUUGUGAGUGAUGUCAUAUUUUUGAGUUGUCAGACUGUCUGUGAAGGGGUGACUGCGCUGCCGCAGCGAUUGGCAUUGUAAAAUACGUGUGCCAUUGGGUGCCUCAUUUGACACACUAGUUUUUUGUGCGCUAGACGAGUUCCUCUUGUGCAACCAAAAAGAAAGCGAAAAUGAAAACAAGGAACCAUAAUUGCAUCAGUUGUUACAUCAAACGCCGCGGCGACCGCGAGCAGAAGACGUUUGCUCUUUUCGAGUUCAUAACCUAAGCCCCACCGGAGUAUCAGCGUGCAGUAGCCAUCGAAGUUUGGCGAGAGGUGAGUGUGGUCACAUAUUCUACGUUAUGUGCGACGAAUUUCUGUGCGAGAAGUAGUUUUACUAGCAGAUGCUGCCCACAUCUGCCACAUUUUUCGUUAUAAAUAACCAAAAGUACGACUACGUCUACCAAUGGCACGGGCCUGUUGCCCGGUGCGGGAGAGCCAGAGAUUUUUGUUUUAACAAUUUUUUUCUGCAGGAGCCGAACCUGGCAAAGAUCCGCAGACUCCUGCAGCAGUACGACCUCAACCUGCUCCUGUUUGACGCCGAGUCCGGAAAUUCGACGCUGCACCGGUUUGCCUUUCUCGGAUGUCCGGACCUACUGAAGCUAGUGCUCGCGGCCAUAAACAGUCCAGACCAACAGCAGCAGGUCGCGGCGGCGCAGCACGCCGGAACUGGAACUUCCGCCAUCAACAACCCGGGUGGUGGAAUGCCGGCGAACACGGCUGCGGUGAACAACUUUAGCAUUGAUGCGCGGAACGCCCUGUCGCGAACGCCGCUUCACAUUGCGUGCGAGAAAAACCACCGCGGCAUUGUGGAGGAGCUGCUUUACCAGAAGGCAGACGUGAACGCAACCACCACGGGCGGGUCCACGCCCUUGCACUUUGCCUGCCGCGCCGACGCGACGUCAGUGGUGAGUUGAAUGUUUUGUUUCUUUGCGGCGGCAAGUAGGUCUGAUUGACUUUACCGGGGGUAAUAUCUCUGCCCGGGAUGUUCAUGUUGGCACUUUGAUCGAAAAAUAUGUAUCAUCCGUCGUUCGACAGUGGCGUCGUCGCUUCUCAACCGACUAAACACACUUUUAGGUCGACGUGCUCCUCCGGCAAACGGACAUAAUCGUUGAUCAGGAAGACAAUUCGCGACGCACACCCUUACAAGUGGCUUCAAACGAAUACAUUCAGCAGAAGCUGACUGCGCACUUGGAUGGUCCUCUAGACCUCAGUGAAUUCAACGCGUGAUGAGGCGGCGGGAGUAGAUUGACUUGCAGGGUGGAACCGGGCGCGCGGGUUAAGCUGGCAACUAACGGAGACGGCAGCGCUUUACCGUGCAUGAGGACAUGAAAAGCAAAUCUUCCUUGCUUCGAUAUGCGUUAGAAAAAAACAAGACUCAUAGGAUUUUUUGAAAGCGGAGAAUGUGCAAAACAUUCUUCUCGGUAGUUUAGACACAAGAUUUCACUCUCUUUCGAAAAGUCAACCCGUGAUGAAUUCGCGUUAGAAGCGAGAAUUGUAUUGACGCCGGCUUCGCAAAAAGCAAUAGAGAAAUAAUCCGCAUGAACUAGAAAGACCGAAGUGAAGGCCGCGCAAGGAU